ACAAAACUUGGAUGGCGAAGAAGGAGGCAAACGUUUUGACUUGUCCCCGUUUAAUUCAUUAAACGAAAAAAAAAGAAAAAAAUCAUACGGAAGUGUCCCGGUGUUGGUGCGGUCAAAAGGAUAAAUUACGUGUUUAAACGCAAUCAUUUAGCUUAGUAUGCGGGCUAAGCAACGAUGGGGCGCAACGUCAUCAAUGAGCGACGAGAAGACGACAGUUAGCAGAAGUUAGCUUAGCCAAGGCGGCCUCCGACGAGAUGUGGAGACGAGCGGGCACCAGCGACGCUCUCGACCGGGCUCGAGCGCUACUGGCCGCCAAGAGCAACAAAAACCACGGCGACCUACGAGCAGCCGGCGCCGAUGCGGACGCCCAAAGCCGAGCGGCUCCUCCAAGCGGCAGCGACGUCUCGUCGGACUCGAGCAACCUGUGCCCGCUCGACUCGUCUUGGGGACAGCGAGGAGACGCGGCAGGGUCCCGCUCGCCGUCGCGUUUUCUGAAGAAGGCGGCGGGGUCGCGUGAAGACAGGCUGCCGUCGCGGUCCAAACCGGGCUCGCAAGCCUCCGCCCUGAGGAGGUUGGCCCUGAUCGAGAGACGCGUCCACGACCGUCAGCGAGGGGCAGGACCCCGGACCCGAAGCCCGAGCUCGGACCCGUCGCCGGCCUCGCGACCCCCGUCGUCGGCCGGUCGGGAGGCGACGCGCUCGGUGAGGAAGAAAGCUGCGGGGUCUACCCGUGGGGGGUCCAGCUCCCUGCUCGGAUGUAGCCAAAGCGCGGACAGCGAUGAGGAGGAGGUGAUGAAGCUGGUGGGAGACGGCAACUUGAGCGGGUCGUCGUCCGGGAGCAGAGCGGGCUCGAUGCUCAGCCAAAGAAGCCCGAGGUCGGCGUCCCCUCCGCCCCGCAGAGACGCCCCCAUCUCACCCUCCUCUCGCAUGGCCUCCCCCACCCGUGCUAGGCUCCCACCGGAAGCUUUGCUCGACCCCCCGAGGUCUCAAUUCUCCCCCCGGCGCGCCCCCAGUCCGACGUGCUCGUCCGGGUCGGCCCCGAAGGAGAUCCUCUCGCUGGAAGAACUUUUCCCGCUUGGAUGCGGCGCCAGCCAAGCGUCCUCACAAGAGCGCUUUUGGGUCAACGUGAAGACGUUGGAAGAUGUUGGCUCGGCCGGCAGCAGGACGGAAGCAGAAGAACCGACGCAGGUUGACGACGCAAAUUCUGGAUCGGACGAGCUACGCGGCAUCUGGGUGCCGACGGCCGACUACCAAAGUGACUUCGAGAGCGCCGGGUGUACGGAAAGCGGUCGCUGCGGUAGCAGUGGACAGGUGUCGGAACACCUGCCAGGCAACGGCGAGGAAGAAGAAGCGGUCGGGUCGACGCCACGUGAGGCCUGGACGGAAGGCGGGGACGCAUCCUCGCGGCCGUCCCACCGCCCCACGCCGCCCGCCAGAUCUCUCGGUCGGGCGUCCUCGUCAUCCUCCCCGCUGCCUGGCCAGCGCUUGAAAGAUGCGGCGGCACAGACGGACGCCGACACGUGGCCCGCGUGGGGCUCGCCCCCGUCGUUGCCGCUAACCGACCUGCUGAAGCAGCGGCUAGCCGCCGCUCGCCGCGUGGCGAGAAACAGCCGCAGGCGCCGCGACGGCCUCAUCCGCAGCCUGGGGCCUCCCGCCUACGCAUACGCCACCCUGCGCCAAACCAUGGAGCUCAUCAGUAAAACAAAGGUGGCCAGAGUGCGCGAGACACACACGUGAUUGUUCGCCGCGGACGACCACUCUCAAUUGGAAGAUCAUCAUCGCCUUCCCGACUGAGCAAGGCCGACCGCUGUGAAGAUUACUUCAUCGUCCAACGGGGCCGGCCGGAUUCAGAGGGAGCCCCGUCUUUCCGAAGGCGGCUCCAUCUUGUUCAAUGGACUCGGAUAUCAUCGUAUCGUACGAGGUUGGGUCCAAUGUUUGCCCUCCUGGGGGUUAUGGCCCUUUUCUGCCCUUUUCAAGUGACGCUCUGAGAUAUACGAUCAUGGUAUAGCCAAAAGGUCAAGCGGAGCUGCAGCGUUGCCACACCAUAACAUGAGCAGAGUUGGCUUAUGGGAAGCGGCACCAAAAUAAAAUGUUAACCAAGUGCCUCACUCAAAAUUCAGACAUGCAAUCACCUGUUUAUUGAUUUCGGGGGGGAAAAAAACAAACAUAAAAGGCUGUCACCGCUGCUUGUGGUUGGACGGGGCUGGACGAAGGUACAAACGUUGACAUUGACACGGGCCGUCAGUAGGGGUCGUUAAAGGGGUAAUGAGGAUGCCCGGCGUCGCGGGGAACCGGCUUCCCAUCCACCUGAGCAACAAAAGGCCAAGGUGAUGUCACUUUGCAACGCGCACCCGAUUGUAACAAAAGGAAGGUCUUCGACAAGCUGCUAGUAUGCUUUCAGGGCCGAUUGACGCGCCGGCCCGAUUUGCACGAAUACAGUGGAACGUUAAAUAAUCGAAAAUCCACAUCUUAUUGACCUCCAUUCAGAUGCAAAUGUUUGCCAGGAAAAACGGGGAGGGGGUGGGGGUGGGGUGGGGGGGGGGAAUCAAAAACUACAUCGGGUGCUGGUCGGCUUGUGCUUCUGAAAAUAAAAGAAUGGUAGUCUUCACUUGA